CAUGUAGGGCAGAGAGAGAUUGUGUGGCAGAUCUGGGAGCCGUGGCUUGUUGUCGUUUCUCCGCACACAAUCUCGGCGUUGUCUCCGGCUGCUGCUGAGUUGGAAAACUAAGUGACAGGGAACCAACCGUCUGUUGCUUAGACUUUGGGCUCUAGUUUCUUCAAACCUGGAGGGACUCUCGGCAGUAGACGAGCAAGUCCUGUUUUCGAACAGACACAUUCAGACUUGUGUAUGCCACGGAAUCCCAGGAGGGGGUUCGCUAAGCCCUGUGUCUGCACUAAACCAAUGCAUGAAAAAGCAGAGCCCAUGCACAGCCUGGAGAAACUGGAGGCAUUGCACAAGGAAAAGAGCUUGGAUUCCCCGAAUGGCAGCCUGCACCUGAGUGAUGCCUUAAAGGAAGAGGAGCUAAAGAAAUAUCAGCGAGAACUGGCUCCAAAUAAAUACAACUCGCAGUACCACAAGUUAUUCAAGGACAUCCCCACAGAGGAGAGUGUGCUGAAAGUCUGCUCCUGUGCCCUUCAGAGAGAUAUCCUCAUCCAAGGACGCCUUUACAUCUCCCCAAACUGGCUCUGUUUCUAUGCAAACCUUUUUGGGAAGGAUAUCAAGGUUGUGAUUCCCGUUGUCUCUGUCCAGCUAAUAAAAAAGCACAAAACAGCCCGGUUGUUGCCAAAUGGAUUGGCCAUCACCACCAGUGCCAGCAGAAAGUACAUCUUUGUGUCCCUGAUCUCGAGAGACAGUGUGUAUGAUGUUCUACGGAGGGUCUGCACCCACUUGCAGGUCUCAAGCAAAAAGCAUUUGAGUUUAAAGGAACUGACUGAAGAGCCAGAUACCGUGUCACUGGAGGUGAUCGUCCCUGAAGUGAAGUGGAGGAAGGGGUCCCCGGCAACGCUCUCGCUGGCCCUCCCGGAUGCAGGCUUCCAGUGUCUCCACCGGGCUUCCAUCAGCAGCCUCAGCACCAAGGAGAGCUCCUGCAACUCCGAGGAGCCUCUGGUGUCAGAAAGUGCAAUAAACAGCGAGGAGGAGGAGAUAGAAGAGGUGGAGGUGGACCAGAGCUACAAAGCAGAGUUGAGACCAUCGGACUAUCAGCUGCUGAAAAUCUUCAUUGUGCUAAUCUGCCUACUGGUGGUAUCGUCUUCAUACCUGGCAUUCCGCAUCUUCCGCCUGGAGCAGCAGCUCUGCUCUUUGAAUCGGGACUAUCUCUCCCGUGUACCCCGGAGGUGACUGUGGCCCUUAGAAGAACCAUGAAACAGCACCUUGGAUACAGGUCCUUGCCAUGUCCAAGUUGUCAGCGUGGUUGCCAUGAAGACGAGGUGAAUGGAUCCCUCGUUCUGAGUCUGCAUUACUCCUGGACCAAAGCCCUAUAUUUUCAGUGGUGAAAUCUAGAAGUGCUUCCUCACCACCAACAACCCCAUUAUUCAGUUUUGCUUGCUACACAAUAGGUCAACCCUGCAGCCCUUUCCUCUUCUACACUGGUGCUCGUGAUCAUUGCCAAGAAGAGGUUGGCCAUGGUGGGUGACUCAAGCCGUGUCCUCUGAGGUCUCUUCAGCCAUUGACACAUUUGCUCUCUAGAGCGCCAAGACAAUUGGGACGGAGCUCUAUAGUGUUUCUGUUGAGGUCGUUGCUCUGUAUUGUGGGACUGCAGUGUCUUCCCAGGGCUCGCCCCAGAAGAGCCGAGUGAGAAAAUGUGAUUAUCAGCAUCCAACCAUGGUUGGACAAGGCCUGGGAGCAGGUUCUCGUUGCAUGCACAUCCGAGUGGAUAUUAGCAAAUUCCAGGGAAGUGUGGUGGUAGGUUCUCUUCUAGGAGGACUUCCCAUGCAGAUGGCCAAUAGUUCUCACCACCCACAUUCCCUCAGUAGUGAAAUGGAUUCUGCUCCCGUGAAAAUCGCCAGCAAAAGAGGCUGUUUGACAAAGAACAGAUCCACGAGGAUGAGCUCCUAGCUUGGACUUAUCCUUUCUUCCCCCCCUGUGCUGAAAUAAUCCCCAUUCGGACAACUAUUCUUGCACUAACGGGAUUCCUGUUGCCCGGGAAAUGCCAUCGGAGUGAUUCUCUGCGCUGGCAAAAUGAUGUCGUCGUCAAUUCAGUGAAGGGAUCCUGUGAGCGGCUGGGCAGGCCUGCGCUCUCACAAGCGGGGACCAGCUGAGAAUGAGCUUCCCGAAGUAGGAAUAGUAGAAGCGUGGCAUGCAGGGCCUUCCUACCUAUUUCCCAUGGAAGAGGGGAGAAGAAAUAGAAUUGUUUCCCGAUCAGCAUGCCCCGCCCUUUAAAGCACUUUACGUGGCUCUGUCCUGGUUAGCCUGGGGCUUGGCAGUGAUAUGAGAAAACACAGGCGAGGCGAACUGGCUGCAGUGUUCUUGGGAAGUGCCCGAUCCCCAAAGAUGUGUCAGCUCCGCUAGUGGGAGGUGGCAGAGGUGGAGACAAGGAGGCGAGACUAGUUUGACUCUGGCUUCGGUGUCCGAUACAUCGCUUUGUGGAAUGACAGCAGGACUCAGUCCUAACAAGAGAGAGGGCUGGUUAUGCAGGCUGGGACUUAUUCUUCACCCUUCCAGCCGGAGAAGUUACCUGGGUAGCUUGUCCCGAUGGCCAGGAUGGUUGGUUGGUUUUUGCUGCGGUUCCAUCUGUGCUACUGCCCUAGACAGACUAGAAAGUGGGUAGAGUUGUUGUGCUGUUGAGGGAGGAUUUCCACAGAGAAACGUGUCUGCAAGAGGCGAGGGAUCCUCCGCACGAGAGAGGCUGUGCUCAAGAAACAGCCAAGCUUGCAAGGGGGUAUCUGCGAGGCGAAGGUGCUUGAAGGAACGGCCCUCUAGGAUAGAGACGCCGCCGCUGUGUCCCCUCUGCUCUUUUCUAUGCCGGAUGGGGCUGGCCAUUUUGCAGGAGAAAGGAGCCUCAGCAGUAGGGCUGAGGAACUGGGGUGCUUAAAUGAUCUGGGUUCCUCCUAGGACCAGAGCAGUGGUUUUCAGAUGUCCUACCUUCAGAGAACCUUUUCCUCACUGGCCAAGAAGCCUACUUCCAACCACCACCAUCUGCCCACAGAACCCUUUGCAUGUCCCAGAAUGUUCCGGAACGUGUUUCAAAGUGGGCAGCUAGUUAACUUGUAGUGGCGGCGACGGGCCUCCUGGGCCUCCCUGCUGUGAAUAGAGAGUAUAUUCCGGAACAUGGUUGCACCUUACAAGGAAACAGCGCUGGCGCUAGCCAAGUUGUGUUUCAGGGAGGCCUGUCUGCCCCCUCCAGUCUUCUCCUGGAGGAACCCUUGAGGGAACCUCUGAGGAGUCUUGGGAUUCCUCAAAAUGCAAUUUGAAACCUUUUGGAUGGGAGAACCCAGUCUUGAAGUAGCUGGGAGGAAGGGUUCGGGCUAGGCGGGUGUGUAGAGCAGACGUGCAAGUGUCAUUUUGCAAAUGUACAUGGUAGGAUGAAUGAGUGCCAGUUUGUUGGUUAAUUCCCUUUGAGCCUAACGUGGCCCAAAUCUGGCUACUGGCGGGGUUCAUUCUUUGUUCAGCGGUUGCCCACUGCUUAGAAUGGCCCACUGCUUCGUUGUAAGGCUCGGGGGCCAGUGGCAGCCCCCAUCAACCCUGUGUCGCCCCCAACUGAUGGUUUUUUGGGCCUGUGCGAAGCCCUGGCCAAAGCUGAAUUCUCUACACAGUCCCCCUGGCACCAUGCGGAGACUACCGUCCUCACCGUGGAGUGCUGCACUUUGCUUAGUGGUGGAAGAAAGGGAGCCUCCUUGAGCCCCUGCACCAUCUUGGAAGACAUGGAUGGGCCUUGUUGCCCUUCCCAGCGCUCUCUCCGUAGACCUCCCUAGAGAGGGCCCUGUCUCUCUUAAAGCACUGAGGAAAGUACAGUACUGUGCAGAGGCUGUCCUCGGCAGAGCACUGCCCAGGAUGUGGUGAUAGCCAACAACCUGGAUGGCUUUAAGAAGGGCUUAGAUAAAUUCAUGGAGGUCAGGCCUAUCAAUGGCUACUAGUCUGAGGGCUAUAGGGCUCCUCCAGCUUAAGAAGCAAGAUGCCUCUCAAUACCAGCUUCAGGGGAGCAAUAGCAGAGGGGGGGGGCCUGCCCUCAUCUCUUGCUGUGGGCUUCUCAGAGGCAUCUGGUGGGCCACUGUGUGAAGCAGGAUGCUGGACCAGGUGGGCCUUGGGCCUGAUCCAGCAGGGCUGUUCUUAUGAGGUCAGCCCGGUGGGAAAUGACUCUCAUACUGAAGGUAAAGUGGCCCCUGCUUGGAAAAAUAGUGAAGAUCAUUGUCUUAGAAAAUGAAGUACAAACUUCAUAAAAGUUAAGAAUUUAUUUGACAUCUCACCAUUCCAAGUGGUUGGCAGAUUAAAGUCCAGCAAUGCAGAAAAGCAAUCCUGGUAUUGGGUGGCCAAAUAACGAACUGGAGAGUUCGCAAUUUGAGCGGCUUUUCUGUGUGGCUGGGUUUUGAUCCGCAGGAUCAACUUAAAAUGGUGAAAUGUCUAAUAAACUCUUUUAACUUUUCUCCUUGGAGUUUAUGCUUCAUUUUUCUAAGCAGCGGGAAACAGCUGGAGAAAGAACCAACCUGUCCUGGUAGCCAGACUGUGGCCAGAUUAUCGGCUUAUUGACCGAUACACUGAUUAUUUAAUCAAUUCUGAUUGAUUAAUAAUUGAUUAACUUAUUAAUUCUGAACUGAUCAAUUCAAUUAAUUGAUUAAUUAUUAAUCAGACAUUCCCACGCCACCUGGAGCCGUUUUCAGUUCUCCUCUCCCCCCACCCCAAUGUUAGAGGCUCUCUGGGCUGCGGGCCGGCCAGUCGGCUUCUUGCUUAGCAAUAAUGUCUCAGGUGUUACACAUCUCUUUCAGGCCUCCCAUGUGGUGGAGGUAGAUGUAUAUAUUUGCAGGUGUAUUUGUUUCUGGAAAGUGCUGCUAAGACCCACAAGCUGCUAAGACCCACAAGUUGUCUCGACUGUCCUUGGCAGCAGGCAUUGCGAGGGUGGGGUUCUGAGCAAAUUGUGGGGUGGGGGGGGAGUGAGAAGGUGAGCAAUUCCAGGAAGUGCCAAUUGAACCUGCUGUGUGCCAGGCCAUCCUUUGCUGCACCUUGUAUGACUCCCUUACGUUUGAGCUCAGGACCUGAGCUACGAGCCAGAAGUCCCCAGCUGAACUCUCGGCCCAGCCACAAACUCAUUGGUAAGCCUUUGGGGAGCUGCUUUCUCUCAGCCGUGUGCUCCCCACCAUCUGUUAUAUGGCGAUAAUACUGACCUACCUUACAGGGUUGUUGUAAGGAACAUGGAGAAAAUGUUGAAGCGCUUUGAACCCUUUGGGAAAGCGCUCUAUAAAUACUAAGUAUUAUCAUUA